AGCAGUAAUCCGACCAAUCAACAAUGGAAUCUUUAAUACACGUUUGUCCCCGCCCACGGUUAGACAUCGACCUUUGCGGGCUUCACAUCCCCGGAGCUGUCAUAACGAAGACUCGACAGCCGGUUUUAGCAUCGCCAGUGAAGAAAGGUUCAGUUGCAAACAAAAUGGCCCCAGGACAAACAAACAAAACUGCAGAUGAGCAGCCAUCAAGGAAGGACAGUCUCAUUCACAUUUCCAACCCUCAUCUGGAACACAUGCAGGAAGAUAUUCUUUAUCACUUUAAUCUUGGUACUGGAACUCAUGAUUUUCCAAGCAUGUUUGGAGAUGUUAAAUUUGUAUGUGUUGGAGGCAGCCCUUCAAGGAUGGAGAUGUUUACCAAGUACAUUGCCAGAGAACUGGGACUGGGAGAUGCCACUUCUGACUUCCCUAAUAUCUGUGCAGGAACAGACCGUUACUGCAUGUACAAAGUAGGGCCUGUCCUUUCUGUCAGUCAUGGUAUGGGUAUUCCAUCUAUUGCCAUAAUGUUACAUGAACUUAUCAAGCUACUGUAUCAUGCCAAAUGUUCUGAUGUUAUAGUGCUGCGGAUUGGCACAUCUGGUGGAAUAGGUAUUGAACCUGGUUCUGUGGUUAUCACUAGCCAAUCUGUAGAUGCUUCCUUCAGGCCUCAGUUUGAGCAGACCAUUCUGGGAAAGACUGUUGUCCGAAGCACCGAUAUGGAUGAGGAGCUUGCCAAAGAACUUUUACAAUGUGCUAAAGAGCUCAAUGAAUUUAAUACAGAAAUUGGCAAGACGAUGUGUACUUUAGACUUCUAUGAAGGUCAGGCUCGUCUUGAUGGAGCUUUCUGUUCAUAUACAGAAGAGGAGAAACUGAACUACCUUAAGGCAGCCUGUAAAGCUGGAGUUAAAAACAUUGAGAUGGAAUCCUCUGUUUUUGCUGCUAUGUGCAAACUUAGUGGUCUAAAAGCUGGUGUGGUGUGCGUGACCCUGUUAAAUCGUCUGCAAGGGGAUCAGAUCUCUAGUCCUCAUGAGCUGCUUGUGGAAUAUCAACAAAGACCACAGAAGUUGGUGGGCCACUUUAUCAAGAAGAGAUUUGGCAAAGCCUGAACUGUAUGUUUUAUGUAGUUGUCAGCAUGGUGACUCUGUUUCACCCUGGAGUGAAGGAACGACAUGAUAGUUCUGACAUAGUGUGCAAAAUUAACUUUCAUUUUUUUACUCAGGUUUUCAAGCAGACAUCAGUUCUAUAGCACUUUUUAAGAAUUUGUUAGAUGAUGACCAUUUAUGUUCUUAUUGAUAAAACAGAUUAAUGCUAUGUAAUGCAAGAGAAUUAUUUUUUGGUCUUGGAAUUCUAAAUAAAUUAAAAGCCUGUCCAGAUAUUUAUUUUACAUAAGAAGGUAUCACAUAUAUCACAUUGUUUAUUUAUUUUAGAUUUUUAUUUGUGUAGAUGCAUUGCAGUUGAUUUUUUUAGAGUGGAUUGUACUGUAGUGAUCCCCCCUUAUUCCACAGAGAUAUAGAAAAUGUAUGUAAACAUAUAUGUAUAUAAUUAAAAAGGCUAUAUUAUGGGUUAUAGUAUAUGAAAUA